AUGACAACAAUUAAUGACAAGACCAUGUCUGUUAUCAGUGGUAUUGCUGGAGAACUAUCUGCUCAACUACCGGAUCUAGUCAUUGACGCAGCAUUUCGACGGAAACAGAUUCCUUAUGUUGAUGAGCUGCAAGGAUGCCUGAUGUUCCUCGAUGUUUCAGGAUUCACAGCUUGUUGUGAGGAGUACCAGAGAAGAAAGCUUGGUGUAGAUACCUUAAUGAAAACGUUGAACAACUACCUUGGACGAAUCGAAGAUGUCGUACUGGAAGCAGGCGGAGAUGUCGUGGAGUUUGCAGGCGAUGCAUUACUAGUUUUGUGGCAGGCCACAAAAGAAAAUCAAAAUUACAUCGUUGCCAAGGUGGUUCAGUGCGCGCAUGAGAUCCAUCGUAGAUGCCAUGACUGGAAAACGGAAGUCGGUGUGAUGUUAGGUGUUAAAGUGGCGAUAUCAUUUGGACCAGUUACUAUAACAUACGUAGGGGAUAACAGGACGCAACAUUUUAUAACCGGUGGUGCAGGAGUUUCAGAAGUCAACAAAGCAGAGAGACAUUGUCAGAAAGGUUCCACGAUCCUUGCGAAGUCUGCGUUCAAAAUCUGUCCGUGGAAAGAAGGAAUCCGCUUCGAGUUACUGGAGGACAGCGUUGCUAGGGUGAAGCUUGUAAAGAAAUCAUGGUUAACCAAGUUUUCAGAGGAAGCUUAUAAGAAUAAAUUACGACCAUUUAUCGCACCACCAGUUUUACAGAAGAUUGAGGAUGACCAACCCUUAGAUUACCUCUGUGAGAUGCGAGAGGUCACUAUCGUCUUCAUUAACCUGGUUCUAGACACGACUGAUCACGCCGGUUGCCUCCAGGAGCUAUAUACUACCAUCGGAGCGUCAGUCGUACAGUUCCAAGGUAUGAUAAACAAGAUAUUUGAAUUCGACAAAGGCACAAGUUUUCUAGUAAUCUUCGGUUUGCCGGGAUUUAAACACGAGAAUGAGAUCGGUCACGCCCUCCAAUGCUCCAGUAAAAUCCAACAGUCACUGAAUAUGAUGGAAGCAGUUCGACGAGUGUCUAUCGGAGUUACCACGGGAAAGGUGUUCUGCGGGGUGGUAGGACACCCAUCAAGACACGAAUAUACUGUGAUUGGUCCAAGAGUAAACAUGGCCGCUCGUCUGAUGAUGAACUAUCCUAGCAAAUUGUCUUGUGACCAGGCCACGUGCACGCGGUCCAAGAUAGAGAUCAAUCACUUUGAAGCUCUUCCGGAAGUCAACUUGAAGGGAAUGAAGGACCCUGGGAAAAUAUAUGAAUAUCACGAUGUUGCUAAAGACGAAGACUCAGGUAUCGCAGAGGUGAAAUAUCCGUUAUUAGGUUAUAACAGCGAAGUUGAAGAAUGUUUAAGUGCAAUCAGCGACACACUAAACAGUACGGAGGGUGCUCGUUUCAUAAUAAUUAGAGGUAAACCGGGAUUUGGCAAAACUAGGGUAUUACAAACUUUGGCAGACGAAGCAAGGAAAUCAAAUAUCAGGGUGAUCAGUUUUUCGGCGACCGUCAGCAAUGCCUGUACCCCUUACUACACAGCGUCACAUAUUGUGAAGCAAAUACUCCAACUCGGGAGGGUAGAAGAACAAGAAGAAAAAGAGAAAAUUCUACAGGAAAGGUUUAAAGACUCGGAUGUCAUCAAAUAUCUGGGCUUAUUAAACAACUUGAUUGGCGUUCAGCUUCCCUGCGAUGAAACUGUUGCCAACAUGAACACCUCGGAUCGAACCAAAGCCAUGCACCGGUUGCUAGGGAGGAUCGUUGUAGAGACACAGGGAGAUUACGAAUCUACGGUAGUAACCAUCGAUGACGCUCAGGAGAUAGACAAAGACUCGUGGCAGCUUCUGUCGAACUUUGCCAUUCGCUCCUGCAUAGUCAUCAUGACAGUUGGUCUCAUCAGAGACGACGAUCAGUGCGCAGGUAUUGCGCAGAAGAUCAUGCGAGGUAUAGACACGUGCACGGUCACCUUGACAGGACUGGAGCCGGAAAGUCUGGAGCCACUGUUGUGCCAAUGUUUAGACGUCAAGGAAGUGCCACAAGAUCUUGUGAAGUAUGAAAGUGUAAUAAAUAUAAAAAUGAACGAAAAAUGA